AUGACGGUCAGCGGCGAGGUCUCGCACGACGACAAGCCUAAGGGAGAAGGUGCUCUUAAGGCGGUGACGACGGAGGAUGACGCGAGCCUUGAGAUCAACGUGGCGGUAUCGAAUGAUGAUGAGGUGAAGUCGAGGCUGAAGAAAAUGGCGGGAUCUGGCUCGCCAUUUAAUCACUGGGAGUAUCACUGGCUGCCGAAGAAGGAAGCAGCGCCGGAGAUGGAGAAGACGACCGACGCGACGGGUUUCGGCGAGCGAUUGAAGAUGAUUUCAGCGGUGGCUUCCGGGGUGGUGAUGAAGGGCGAGAUGAUGGAUUCAUGUGGACCUUCCUGUCAGUUGAGGAUUAGCUCGUCGCCGAAGGAUAGGUCGACGGAAAUCGAGAUGAAGGGUCCGUGGGAGCCGUGUUUUGAGAGGCUAGAGCAGCACGUGGCGGCGGCGCCGCCGGGGAGAGGACCAACGGCCGAAACCGGCUAG